AAGGAGCAGAGAGGAGACAUCGGGUAAUGAUUGAGUCUAUAUCGGAGUGGGAGAAGGGACCUUCUGACGUUUCAAGGGUGGAGACACGUCACCAGGGGGAGGAGCUACGGGCGAACAGGGUACCGAAAAGUAACCUCGCGGGCUCGCUCCGCUUCGCUCGCCACCUGAUUACUAAAGGUAAUAAUAGUUGGUGGCGUGAAUAGUAGAGGAACUAUCCCGCUGGCCUAGCUCCUCCCCCUUGUGUCGUGGCUCCUCCCCCUGACGGAAAAGGUCCCUUAGGCCACUUGGAUCUAGCCUCAACCAUCAGGAUUACAUAGUAGUGAAGAAGACAUCCGGUAAGUGUGAGACACCCAGCAGCCAUCACCGUGUGUCAGGAGGACUGAGCAGUUCCCAGAGCUCCAUCACGGUGUCUCCACUUCACUCACUGAUACAUGAGAGACACAAUGACCAGAAGAUCCUGGAACUCACCAGCAAGAACAUUCAGCUGCUGACUGGAGAGGAGGUGAAGUAUAUAGAGGAACACAGGGGUCUGUACAAGGACGUGAUGAUGGAGAAUCACUGGCCCCUCACAUCACUGGAUGGACCCAGUAACAGAGAUACCCCAAAGAGAUGUCCCCGUCCUCUGUAUUCCCAGGAUUGUACAGAGGAGAAUCACAAGACCCCACAGGAGGAUCAGAGUGAAGAUCUGGCUAAAGAUAUAGAGGUAGAAAAAGAGACGUAUGUGACUGAUAUAAAGGCAGAAGAUAUAGAGAGAGAAGAAGAGACGUAUGUGACUGAUAUAAAGGCAGAAGAUAUAGAGGGAGAAGAAGAGACGUAUGUGACAGAUAUGAAGGCAGAAGAUAUAGAUGGAGAAGAAAAGAUGUCUGUGACUGAUAUGAAGGCAGAAGAUACAGAGGGAGAAGAAGCGACGUAUGUGACUGAUAUAAAGGCAGAAGAUACAGAGAGAGAAGAGGAGACGUAUGUGACUGAUAUAAAGGCAGAAGAUAUAGAGGGAGAAGAAGAGACGUAUGUGACUGAUAUGAAGGCAGAAGAUACAGAGGGAGAAGAGGAGAUGUAUGUGACUGAUAUAAAGGCAGAAGAUAUAGAGGGAGAAGAAGAGACGUAUGUGACUGAUAUAAAGGCAGAAGAUAUAGCGGGAGAAGAAGAGACGUAUGUGACUGAUAUAAAGGCAGAAGAUACAAAGGGAGAAGAAGAGAUGUAUGUGACUGAUAUGAAGGCAGAAGAUAUACAGGGAGAAGAAGAGACGUAUGUGAGGGGUGAUCAGCAGUGUAAGGAGGAGGAGAUCCCUACAGAUAUCAGCACAGGUGGAUGUGGCAGCCGGAAUGUCUCAGAGGAUCAUCUGAUUCUGUUGCCAGAUGGUGAAAUAGAAGAAAAUUAUGUCACCCAAGAAUCACCAGAAGAAAUCCCUCUUACCCCAGUUACACAGACAGCACAUCACCGUGCAGAUAUGUCACCUGGUCCCUCUGAUCCUGGGGAAUCUUCUCCUGAUAACUCUGAUAUUGGUGCAUCUGUUACAGCUCUUACAGUAGAUACAGAGUUACCCUCUACAGUAGAUGCCAAAUGUUUUACACAGGACACACAGGUUAUUACCCAUCAGCCAGGUGAGAGGCCAUUUCCAUGUUCUGAGUGUGGGAAAUGUUUUACACGGAAGUCACAUCUUGUUACUCAUCAAAGAAAUCACACCGGUGAGAAGCCAUUUCCAUGUACAGAGUGUGGGAAAUGUUUUAUAUGGAAAUCCGAUCUUGUUAUACAUCAGAGAACUCACACAGGUGAGAAGCCAUUUCCAUGUUCUGACUGUGGGGAAUAUUUUAGAAAUAAGUCAGCUCUUGUUACACAUCAGAGAAAACACACAGGAGAGAAACCAUUUCCAUGUUCUGAGUGUGAGAAAUGUUUUAUAGUCAAAUCAGCUCUUGUUAGACAUCAGAGAAGUCAUACAGGUGAGAAGCUAUUUCCAUGCUCUGAGUGUGGGAAAUGUUUUACAGACAAAUCAGGUCUUGUUACACAUCAGAGAAGUCACACAGGUGAGAGGCCAUUUCCAUGCUCUGAGUGUGGGAAAUGUUUUACUAUGCAAUCAAAUCUUGUUAGACAUCAGAGAAGACACACAGGCGAGAAAGCAUUUCCAUGUCCUGAGUGUGGGAAAUGUUUUACAGAUAAAUCAUCUGUUGUUAGACAUCAGAGAUAUCAUACAGGCGAUAAACCGUAUCCAUGCUAUGAGUGUGGGAAAUGUUUUAGAGAAAAAUCAUCUUUUGUUAGACAUCAGAGAUAUCAUACAGGUGAUAAACCGUAUCCAUGCUAUGAGUGUGGGAAAUGUUUUACACAGAAAUCAGAUCUUGCUAGACAUGAGAAAAGUCACACAGGUGAGCGCCCAUUUCCAUGUCCUGAGUGUGGGAAAUGUUUUACACGGAAAUCACAUCUUGUUACUCAUCAGAGAAGUCACACCGGUGAGAAGCCAUUUCCAUGUUCUGAGUGUGGGAAAUGUUUUAUAUGGAAAUCAGAUCUUGUUAAACAUCAGAGAACUCACACAGGUGAGAAGCCACUUCCAUGUUCUGACUGUGGGGAUAAUUUUAGAAAUAAAACAUCUCUUGUUACACAUCAGAGAAAACACACAGGAGAGAAACCAUUUCCAUGUUCUGAGUGUGAGAAAUGUUUUAUAGUCAAAUCAGCUCUUGUUAGACAUCAGAGAAGUCAUACAGGUGAGAAGCUAUUUCCAUGUUCUGAGUGUGGGAAAUGUUUUAGAGACAAAUCAGGUCUUGCUAGACAUCAGAGAAGUCAUACGGGUGAGAAACCAUUUCCAUGUCCUGAGUGUGGGAAAUGUUUUGCAGAUAAAUCAUCUGUUGUUAGUCAUCAGAGAUAUCAUACAGGUGAUCAACCGUAUCCAUGCUAUGAGUGUGGGAAAUGUUUUAGAGAAAAAUCCUCUGUUGUUAGACAUCAGAGAAGUCACACAGGUGAGAGGCCAUUUCCAUGCUCUGAGUGUGGGAAAUGUUUUAGAGAAAAAUCCUCUGUUGUUAGACAUCAGAGAAGUCACACAGGUGAGAAGCCAUUUCCAUGUCCUGAGUAAGUGGAGAUAUUCAGGUGGUACAUUGUGUGUAUGAGAAUAUUUUACCAAAAAAAUAAACAUCAGUAAGCAUAGUAUGUAUCAUGUUAUAGGCUACUGUAUUGUGCUAAUUUAUUUUAAUAAUUCAAUAAAAUAUCACAAUGAAAUCAUAAAAUCUAUAAAAUAAACAUAUUUGGUGGAUUGCAGUAAAUACUUACUUCUUAUUUUAUACUAUUCCUCAUGAAUCAAUCUGGCUCCGCUGUUGUAGUGAUUACUGUAUGGCAGUGUGGUGAUUACUGUAUGGUGGUGUGGUGAGUACUGUAUGGCGUGGCGAUUACGGUAUAGGGAUAUGGCAAUUACUGUGUGGCGAUUACUGUAUGGUGGUGAGGUGAUUACUGUAUGGCAGUGUGGCGAUUACUGUGUGGCGGUGUGAUUACUGUAUGGCGAUGUGAUUACUGUAUGGCGGUGUGGCGAUUACUAUAUGGCGGUGUGAUUCAUGUAUGGCUGUGUAGUGAUUACUGUAUGGCGGUGUGGUGAUUACUGUAUGGCAGUGUGAUUACUGUAUGGCGGUGUGGUGAUUACUGUAUGGUGGUGUGAUUACUGUAU